GUUAACACUAAAAGGCUAAGGAAGAAACGAAAGAGCGAAAGGAAAGGAAAGGAAAGAAACGGCGAGAGAGAGGGCACUGAGUCGGGUCGGCGAGUCAAGUGACCGAAUCAUCAAAGGAUCUAAAGAAGAAGAAAAAAAGAGGGGAAAAAAAUCUUAAAAUCCCCUCUUCCAACCCAUCCAAACGAAAAAAACACACAGGGGGGCUGGUGUGGCAAUAGCAAAAAAAUGGUGAACGAGGAGAUAAUAAGUUCCCUUCCUCAUAUUUACCUCCAUCUUUCCUUUCUCAUCAUUGUUACUACUUCAAUAUCCCUUUCUCUAACCCUAAACAUUCUUUAUCCUUUCAACCUUCCUCCCGCCCCUCCCUUUUUCCUUUCUCUACGAAACGCCAUUUGGUAUUCUCUUACAUUCUUACCUCAUCUAUUCACCCUCCACUCUCCCGUCUUCUCUUGUGUCUUGAUAUUUCCUUUCAUUUUCCUUUUUUCUUCCUUCCCUUUUGGGGGAUUCUCGAUUUCUUUUGUACGACCAUAUCGGUAAGAAUAAGUGGUCUUGCCGAGGCGCCCUUCUGGUAAAAUUAGGUGGAAACUUCUCUAUCUACAUGGAAGAGUUUUUUGGAACUCGUUUUAGUGGCGUGAAUAAUGCUGUGAGGAAGAAAAGGAGCCAAACUUUUCGUCGGCCUCGUCCUGAUUCACAGUCUUAUACUGAAAGCCACGAUCGCUCAUCCUUGUCAUCAGCACCUCCUUCUGAUGACAUGAGCAAGGUGUCAAGUGACGAGAAUGCUGGUGGUGAUGCUAAUUCAAAGCGGAAAGAAUUCAAUCUUAAUCAACAUGUUUCUGGGAUUUCUCCUGCUGUUGGUGUCGAAGUUGAGAAAACCCAUAAAAGGAAGAAAGAAGAUGGAGGAUUCAAUGCAUUUUACAGCAACGAGCCUGGUCGAAUUGGGUCAAGCAGUAAGCGUUCUAGUGAGGGUGUACUUACCCCUGCUAAUUGGAAAAGCAAAAGCAAGGGGAAUGAGUUGUCUGAACAAGAAUCACGGAAAAUAGAUAUAUAUGUUGGAAUGAAUGGUGAGAUUCAGAGUUCAACCGAAGGAACCGUUACUGAUGCUAAUGAAAGCAAGGUUAAAAAAGUUAAGCUCAAGGUUGGUGGUGUAACGCGCACAAUUCAUGCCAACUCGACACCCAAUGGGUUGCCAGGGGGUGGGUCUUCUACAAGGAAGAACCUCCAGCGAAGUACCGAAGACGGGCAUUUCCCUCAAGAUAAAAGGAGUGGGCUGCAAGGAGUCCCUUGGAAGGAUUUCUCCAAAGGCGGUUUUGGUUUUGGGAAGGACGAUUCUUUGAUGAAAAAGAUUUCUGGAAAAAAUGUCGCUGGUAAACAAGGAGACCAGGCUGGUGCUGUUCGUAAAAGCAAGCGACCCCCUAAGAGACGUGUACAAGAUGAGGAAUUCGGUGAGGAUGACGUUGAUGAUGAGAUCCGUUACUUGGAGAAACUUAAAACAUCAAAAAUUAGUCCAGCAUAUAAGGAUGAUGAGGAGGAAUCCGGUAAGAAACAUAAAAAACUCUCCAGGGUUUCGAACAUAGAAAAUUUUGCCUCUUCAAGAUCUGGCAAAGAGGAGAAAAAGAAGUACAGAUCAGACAGGGCAUCUGAUACAGACUAUGACGAAGAAGAUGAACCGGUGUCUGAUAGUGCGCCUGAUGGUAAAAGGAAAAAGAAGCAGAUGAAAGAAUCUGUUGAUGGAUUGCUUGAUGGUAAGAGGGAAGUGACUCUCACAACACGCCAACGGGCCCUUCAGUCAAGCAAAGAUGCCUUUUCAGCACCUGGCUCAAGCUUAAUUGAGUUUCCAAAUGGUUUACCACCUGCUCCCUCCAGAAAGCAAAAGGAGAAGCUUUCGGAAGUAGAGCAGCAGCUAAAGAAGGCCGAGGCUGCUCAGAGACGAAGGAUGCAAGUUGAAAAGGCUAACAGGGAAUCUGAGGCAGAGGCUAUUAGAAAAAUACUUGGCCAAGAUUCCAGCAGGAGGAAGCGAGAAGAUAAAAUAAAAAAGCGUCGGGAGGAAUUGGCACAGGAAAAGGCUGUUAAAGAAGAAAUGCUUGCAUCAAAUACCAUCAGAUUGGUCAUGGGUCCUACAGGGACAACAGUCACUUUUCCCAGGGAUAUGGGUUUCCCAAGUAUCUUCGACUCCAAACCCACUAGCUACCCUCCUCCACGUGAAAACUGUGCCGGACCGUCGUGCACUAACCCGUACAAGUAUCGCGAUUCAAAGUCAAAGCUACCUCUUUGUAGUCUGCAGUGCUACAAGGCAAUUCAAGAACAGUUAUCGGCCAAAACUACCAGCUAAUGUUACAGCAAAAGAAAAUCCAACUCUAACCUCAGUGAAUGGUACUUUUAUAACCUCAGA